UGCUCUAUUCAUCUACAAGAUGGAAGGUUUCCCAGGCCUCCAGUUACUGUUAAUGCUCACAGGUCUUUUUGCAUCCUGUACAUCUUACUUAUUACCAAGUCCUUCUACUGCAAGUUUACAAAACACAGGAAAGAGUCCAAAAGAGCUGGUACUAACUCAAGGAACUUCCCUCAGAAUAAGAGUUUUCUGUGCCUAUCAAUAUUUUCAAGGGAACACCAUUUGGUGCAAAGAAAAACAACACAAAGAAUGCCAAUUCAAAAAUUCAAGAAACUUCACAGAACUAGGAUGGCGAUAUCUGACUACUGAAGCAAACCAAAAGGUCAUGCUUGAAGGUGUAAUAAAUGGUUGCAUUUCUUUACUCAUGAAGAAUCUCCAAGUUGAAGAUUCAGGGAGAUAUUGGUUUGGACUUCUAACUGGUAUGAAGAUGGUUUCUGUAAACUCAAUCAAAGUGGUAGUUCAUCAUGGUCAUUUCUUGCCUAGUAAAACUUCCUCACUUCCAACAUCUAGGAUGCUAUUAACUUCUACCAUAUCAGGAAUGAAGACACAAGAGGUGAUCAAGAUACAAGGAGAAUCUCUCAGUGUCAAGGCUUUUUGUUCCCAGCAACAUGCGCAAGCAGAGAAAGUCUGGUGCAAAGAGAAGCUGCCGAAAGAAUGCAAUCUUGAACAGCCCAUAAGCUUUUCCAGAUCAGGGUGGAAAGGUCUCACUACACAACCAAAUCAACGCGUCAUUCUAAAUGAUUUGGGAAAUGGAUGUAUUUAUGUCUUCAUGUCAGCUCUUCAGUCAGAAGAUACAGGGAUAUAUUGGUUUGGGGUUCUUGAUGGCCCCAAUGUAAUCCCUUUAAGAAACAUCAGGGUGAUUGUUCAAAAAGAACAGCAAAAGAAAGAUAUUGUGACUGCAACCAGUGAAGAUGAACAAAGAAUUUACCAAGUUGUCUGGGUUCUGGUUUCCAUUGCUGUUGGUGUAACAAUUUUUGCUGCCUUCUCAUUAGUUGUCGUGGUGCUCAUCAGGAGAAAGAGGAGAGUGGCAGAUGACCUGAAUUUUGGUGAUAACCCAAACUGUAGAGUAAUAACCUUACAGAUUCAUGAAAACAACACUGCCAACAGUUUGCCCGAAGAAAUGAAUACAAUAUAUUCCAUAGUGAAGAUGCCCAGAUCAAGCAUAGAUGUUAACAGAACAUUUCCAUUAAGAUCAAAUAUCUGCAAACAUUCCAGUGAGUCAAUUGGUGCACUUUCUCCUUCAGGAUCUGUAGAAUAUGCAAGCAUCUUCUUUUAAUCACAUUUCACUUUGGGGUCUAAAAAUAAAAUAAACUUUGUUGGUUCUCAUUCUGCACACCUGGAUUCCAAUAGUGAGAAUAUCAUUUAUUUUAGAAUUAGGAUCUCUUCUAGAUACUUCUUUCUCAUAUUAGAAUAUCAGCUCUUAAAAUUAUAAUUAGUCUAAGUCCUGUAGUGCCAUUAUCUGAAAUAUCUGCAUCAGUUCACAAUCAGGUACUGCUCUGUGAAGAUACACAACCUUGCCACCACUUAGAUGUGGACAACUGAGUCCCAGUUCUUCAUAUGAGUCUUUUUUGUGUGUGUGCUUAUACCAUUUGAACAGAAUUAAUGGUUUGUUUUAUCGAUAUUUUGAGGUAAGAGAGACAAAACCUAUCCUAGGUCUUAAAAUAGUAUAAAAAUCAAAAGAAACACCAACCAACCAAAAAUAGAUAUUUGGAAUGAACUAGAGUGCAUACAGAUAAACUACAUUAUGAAUAAAUCACAUAGGCUGAGGUUCUUUUGGUCCUUUUUUUAAAGCUUCAAAUUUCAUCCAUUCUAUGGAUGUUUUAGUAUCUUCAUAAAUAUAAAUUUUAACACACACACAAUAUAUAUUUAAAUUGCUGUUAAAAUUAUUCAUAUUUAUGCAAGUGCUCUUCCUUGUGUGAGCAAAAUUUAUGCUUGGGAAGGAACAUGGGCUAUUUUAUGUAACACUUGACAGCAUAAUUAAACCU